AUGGCAGGAGCCCCCAAAUCCACCCUCAUCAUCUUGCUCCUCCCCUUCCUGUUGCUCGGGGCUGCGGCCUCCGCCCUCCCCCUGCUCAACUCCUCGCUCCCGGACCCCGCCGCUGUCGUCGCCGACUUCCACAGCAAGGUGACGACGUCGCGGCGGCGGAUGCAGGAGACGGGCGGAGGCGGCGGGUGCAUGACUGGCAACCCGAUCGACGACUGCUGGCGGUGCGCCGGGACAGACUGGUGGAAGGACCGGCAGCGGCUGGCGGACUGCGGCAUCGGGUUCGGGCGCAACGCGCUGGGCGGCAAGGGCGGUCCGUUCUACGUGGUGACCGACUCCUCGGACCGCGACCCCGUGAACCCGGCGCCCGGUACGCUCCGGCACGCCGCCAUCCAGGAGGGCCCCCUGUGGAUCGUGUUCGCCGCGGACAUGACCAUCCGCCUCAACGAGGAGCUGCUGGUGAACAGCUGCAAGACCAUCGACGGGCGCGGCGCGAACGUGCACGUGGCCGGCGGCGCGUGCAUCACGCUGCAGUACGUGUCCAACGUGAUCAUCCACAACCUGCACGUGCACGACUGCGUGCCGGCGGGGAACGCGAACGUGCGGUCGUCGCCGACGCACUACGGGUGGCGGACGCGGUCGGACGGCGACGGCAUCUCGCUCUUCUCGGCGCGGGACGUGUGGGUGGACCACUGCGCGCUGUCGCGGUGCGCGGACGGGCUGGUGGACGCCAUCAUGGGGUCGACGGGCAUCACCGUGUCCAACAGCUACUUCUCCCACCACGACGAGGUGAUGCUGCUGGGGCACAGCGACGGGUACCUCCCGGACUCGGGGAUGCAGGUGACCAUCGCGUUCAACCACUUCGGCGUGCAGCUGGUGCAGCGGAUGCCGCGCUGCCGCCGGGGAUACUUCCACAUCGUCAACAACGACUACACGGCGUGGGAGAUGUACGCCAUCGGCGGCAGCGCCAGCCCCACCAUCAACAGCCAGGGCAACCGCUACAUCGCCCCCGCAAACCCCAACGCCAAGGAGGUGACGAAGCGCGUGGACACGGAGGAGGGGCAGUGGAACGGGUGGAACUGGCGGACGGAGGGGGACAUGAUGGUGAACGGCGCCUUCUUCGUGCCCUCCGGGGAAGGGAUGGAGAACAUCUACGACAAGGCCUCCAGCGGCGUCGACCCCAAGUCGUCGGCGCUCGUCGACCAGCUCACCAUCGGCGCCGGCGUCCUCGGCGGGCCAAGGGACAAUGGCGAAGCCUCCGCGUACGUCGGGUUCAACUACGCCGGAUCGGCGACCGGCGGUGGCGGCGGCGGAAGCGGAGGCAACGGGUAUGGUAGCCUUGGGAUGGUCUAUGCCAACAGCGGCGAUCGGGGCUGCCGGUCUCACUUGAUACUAUCCCUGACUACUUUGGUUCUUGCUCUAAUAUGUUGUGUAAGACUGGAUUGA